CACUCCCAAGUACUCAGCUUGAAUCUAACGAACCUACUUAUCAUAAUUCUUCUAAAAAUAUUAAUAUUUGCCGCUGGCAUGUUGGGUGCUGGACACUGGAGUGGCUAUGGAUAUGGUUAUGGGCAUGCGCGAAGUGCAGAGGAUAUCCACUUUGGCUUGAGUGACGGCGAAGAUUACCUUAUCACCGGUUUCUUGGCAGCACAAGGCAUCGGACUUGAUGAUUGUCUAUAUGCAGCGGCAUGCGCCAGCCCGAAUGUGGCCUACGAAUAUGCAAAGGCCGCAAAAGCAUUAAUUGAAGGCAUCGAAAAGUACGAGGGCAAUGCUUUCAAUAAUCCGCGCUACAACGAUCUCAUUGUGCUGCUGGAGAAGGCGGCCUAUGAUGGCUAUCGCGGCUUGCCCUGCAACAGAUCAUCGAAAUGCGAUAAUAUUAACUGA